GCCAAUGGUUUCAUUGAACGGAACGUACAGACUGUAAAAGGCUUGUUACAAAAAUGUAAGGAGUCUGGAGCAGACCCUCAUCUCGCAAUGUUAUGCUUGCGAACUACACCUAUUGAACAUCACCUAGCAUCACCCGCAGAGUUAUUAAAUUCUAGAGUAUACCAGUCAAACCUACCAUCUAUUUCUAAGACAACAUCGUUCGAUCCUGAGAGUAACGUGAAGUUACAAGCUCGGCAAGACCUACAGAAAUGGUAUUACGACAGGUCUUCAAAAGAACUCCCAACCUUGAAACCGGGAUGCAACGUUCGUGUUUUCAACCAUCGCAGCCAUAAUUGGGAAUCCGGUAGUGUAAAACAACAAACUGAAACACCUAAAUCGUAUGUGGUUGAUAUGUCCGGCACCCUGGUGAGCACCCUGGUUCGAAACCGCAGACACCUUCGACCAACUGCAGAAUCCGAUAUUCCCAAAUCACCAAAUUACCAUAGACAAAAUCCCACCGCUGAUGUGGAGCUGUGUCCAUCAACAAGUCUGGCAGACAAUUCAACACCCAUUGUGCGUUCUCCACCUAAAGAUCUGGAUGGAAAUCCACCAAUACACUCUGCAACGUUCUAG